ACAUGGCGUCUUUCAGUGACAGUGGUGUCUACGGUAAUUUACCAUUUCCGAUGUAAGUUAUUUCUUGUUUUAGGGAUUCAUUGGCUAAAUCUUCCUUGCCAUGUGCCGAAACUGUGCUUUACCUGAAUGGGGGGAACCUAUUAAAGUUCCCGUUGCGGAACUUCCACAGUUUUUCGCCAAGCAAAUCAGCUGGAACUUUGAGCGGCUAAACUACGGUGGAGGAGCUAUUAUGGAAACUGUUUCUGGCCGGCCAGAGCGUCCUUCAGUAACAGGACGGCUUGGCUGUAGAUUGAGGGAAGGAAUACAGCCUCCGACGAGAGGAAAACGUACCGAGAGAUACCUUCUUGUGAGCGAGUGUUUGUACUGUCCCGGUAAAAGAUACGGAUGCACUCCAAGGGUCAACUGUACGGGCAAGCGUCGGAAUUGCUAUGCGAUGUGCAAAGUUACAGUGUACGCCGAUUUGCCUGAUGUUGCUGAAGUUUCUUUCUCGGGUAGCCACGGAAGUGGGAAUGUCACAGAUCCUUCAUUACACAGAUCUCCGCAUGACCCUAAAAGAAGACGGCUGGCCGAAGACGAUUCCAAUGAUCAAACGCAGAAAUGGAAAGAAAGUGAUCGACCUACAAUGGUAGAGUCACUGAGUUCUGAUGGACUCAACCUUGACCGUUCCAGUACAGAUGUUGCAACUAUUGAUGUUGGGCAAAACGUGUUGAUGACAGGAAGUAGUAUGGAGUUGGUAAGCCCCCAUAACAAUUUAGGUUCGCCAGAAAUUUUGCCUUGGACCUCAGCUGCAGAACAUCCUGGUAGUUAUCAAACUAGUGCCAGUUGGACAAACAGUAAUGGUUCCUCAAGUAAUGGACCAAGCACACCCAGUACACCACUAAAUACACCAUUAUCUGUAACAGGAUUAACUAUUCAAUCUCCCACACAUGCUAACUCCAGAGGGGCUUUACCCAAGGUACCUGGAUUAAAUUCACAACCAAUGAGAGUCUGUUCAGUACCAAAGAGCAGCAUAGGACAGCCCCAGUCUUCCUCGUGGAGAACAGAGGCAAAGUUUUCAACAUCUAAGAUGCGUGUAAAUCAACAACACCAUGACACGAAUCAAGAAAUCCUCACACUAAGGCAACACAUUCACAUACUUCAGCAAGAGCAUUUAAGCAAAAUCUCUCGCAUAGCUGAACUGGAAGCUGAGCUUCAAAGCCUGAAGGAAAGUGAGCUUUCUAGACUGGAGGUCCAAUUGCAAAGACUGGAGAAGGAAAACCUGAAAAAAGAUGUUAGGAUUCUCCAGCUUGAGAAACAGUUACAAGCAGCUGUAUUCUCCAGAGUGCAAAUACCAUCAAACCCAGUGGCAGUCACUGCACAGCAUCAGUCAGUUUCAGAUGGUGUCCCUUCACAUGUGCAUAGAAGUAAAUCCAAUGAUGCUGGGACAUCACAUGUGGACACAGAGAAAGAAGAUGAUGAAGUGGAGGAAAACAAAGACCAGGACGAGAAAGAAAUGGACAAGGAAGAUGACAAUGGAGAUGAUGAUUUACAUAGUGUAGAAUUAUAGACUUAUCUUAAUUAGUGUAAAUUGACAGAAUUUUAUAGAGCCAUUCGUUCAUCAUACGUUUCUUUUAAGUUACCCAAAUGUAAAAAAACAGGUAUCAUGAGUAAGUACUUUAGAUUAUGAACAGUUCCUCACAGUUUUGCAUGAAUGCUGUGUAUGUUACAUGUAGAUGGAGCCACCAUGAUCUUAGAUUGUAUGACAAGUCGUAUGAGGGGGGGGGGGGCAGGACAAACAACGGCAGGUGUGGGAGCCCAGGGGAAGAAAUGGACGUUGUAUUUUUAUAUGCUAUGAAGAUGUUUCAUACAUUGAAUAGAGAAAUUUAUGACAUUCAUUUUAAACAGCAACUUUGUAGGAUAAUUGUUUAGUUGUUAGCUUAUAUUUAUGUAAUGGUUAUUUUGCAUAGCAGGCAGGACAUUCCUGUGAACAAAUAGCUGACAGGGUGCUACAUUUAACUAUAACACUUAUACUGAAGGUACUUGAAAUCUGAGAGCAUUUUAAAUUCACACUUAAAAGCUACAUGAGUUGUAGUACUGUGUUAAAUUGUGGAAUAAUUGAAUUAAGUUGGAGAUUUUGAUCAAGAAUGGCACUCAAGCAAUUUUGCCUGAAAUUGCGAAUUGUGAAGGGACAGAUGAAAAGUAAGUACUCACAUAUGUGGCAGUGAGUGUUGUACAGAAUUGUAUUAUCCAUCUCUGAGGAGCCAUAACAAAACAAACUAGCUUCCUAUUUUGCUUUGUUUUUCUCAGAGAAAACUUUCUUAAUCUUUGCAUUUUAACAUUGAUAUGCAAUGCCUUCUUUUAAAAAAAAAAAUGGGGAACAUAUCAACAACGUGAACAAUUAAUCUCUACUGUUUGGUGCAUUGUGUAAGAUGAAAAAAAAAAAGGAAUUUUUUUAUUUGCAAGUCAUAUUUUAUGUUGCAUAACUUGUACUAAUUCAAAACAACUUUUCAUCUCAAUAUUGGCAAAAAAGUUGGAUAUUAACCCCAGCUAUUUGCAACUUGACAAAUAUCAACCACUAUAUUUUACCUUAUUGAAUAAUGGUUACUCGUUGCAAGUCAAGUUAACUUUCUAAUAAUUAUAACAAACUGAACUGACCUCUACCAUAAAAGAAAUAAAAAUAAGAAAAAAUGUUACUGUGUAAAGUAAAUAUGUAGAUACUAAUACUAUUAGUUUUUACAAAGCAUUUAUAAGUAAGCCUUUGCUUCUAGAACUAUGGCACCGUAAAUGUUAAUUUUUCAGCCACAACGGUUACUGUUAAUUAAAGGCUACACUGGGUGUACUUUAGCUUUAGGCAGUCAGAGAGUUGCAAAAAGUUUAUUCUCUGAUUUAAAAUUUAGUUUUAACCUAUUUAUUAUUAAUCAUUUUAUUUUGUAUUUGUGACACUAUUUUUACAUAGUUUACAUGUAUGCAUGCAAAGAUUUACAUAAAAGCCUUUGUUAUAUUGUACACCGAAAAAAUGUGUUGCAUUUUUAACUUUUA